CUCGGGGGAACAUGGGACGUAUCAGCCUAUGGGACGCACACACGUUUUAACCAAGACCUGUGAUCAUUGCGCAGCUGAUGUUCCAGCAUCUGUUAAAGUUGGCCGCCCGUGGCAUUAAUAUCACCCCAAGGUUGACCAGCCGAGGAUUAUUACUGACACCGUUCAACGUUUCUCGAUCAACAUCAGUCGCAAAAGUUAUACGGAAAAUGUCUACCACAGUGACCACCCACUCCUCCUUGACACCCGUCACGACCGAAAAUGCGCCAGCUGCAAUUGGACCAUAUUCACAGGCAGUUAAGGCUGGGGACCUCGUCUUUCUCUCGGGUUGCAUCCCCCUCGUCCCCUCGACUAUGCAAAUCAUCGACGGUGGGAUCGUCGAACAGACUACGCAGGCCCUCGCAAACCUCAAGGCAGUCCUGGAGGCUAGUGGCAGCGACGUCGGCCGUGUCGUGAAGACUACCGUAUUCUUAAAGAACAUGAAUGAUUUCGUGAUCGUAAAUGGAAUUUAUGCCGAGUUCUUCGGUGACCACAAGCCUGCUCGAUCGGCGGUCGAGGUGGCACGGCUUCCGAAAGACGUCCUCUUCGAGAUCGAAUGCAUCGCAAGGUACGUACACUACCUUUACCUUGACUUAGAUUUAACCUCGUCACUAGCCUAAGGAACUAGAGAUGUAGCAUGGACGUAGACCAUCGUCACCGAUAGCUUGCCGCCGGAUUUGGAUCCUCGAGGCCUCGCUUCCUAGGC